GCGCUCACGGUACACUAUGGCGGCCGUGGCAAAAUAUUCACCGUCUGCGUGCGGUAGUGAGUGAUAUCGUUUCGUAUACAGGGGAUAUACGGGGCUCGCGAGCGGAGCGAGUCGCGAUCGGUAUUGAGCGCGCGCGCGCACACGACCGAUCCGCGCGAGGCGAGCAGUGCGAGCACCACUGCGAACUGCGAGCGCAGCAGUCCGCCGUCGCCGCCGUCGCCGCCGUCGCCGCUUGCGCUGCCGCGGCGAGUGUGUCUCGAGCCGGGCGAGGGAAACAACCGCGGGUGGUCGCGCGCGCGCCACGAAACGAAACGAACGUGUGUAAGUAAACGCUAAGCGCUAAACGCUAAACGCUAAACGCUCCGCAGUCCGUACGCGCACCCGCGCCGGCGACGACGACGACGACGAGCCGACGUCGGACAAGCGGCCCCGAUGCGGGUCGCGCGCGCUCGUCUCAGGGCAAAUGAUGACUUCGAUGCUGCCCAGCUUUAACCCGCCUAUCGUCAAGCGGCUGCUGGGCUGGAAGAAGGCCGAGAGCGAGGACAAAUGGAGCGAGAAGGCCGUUAAGAGCCUGGUGAAGAAGCUCAAGAAGUCCGCGGGCCUCGAGGAGCUCGAGAAGGCCAUCACGACGCAGAGCUGCAACACCAAGUGCAUCACUAUACCAAGGCCUAGCCCGGGCGGUGUCGGCGACAACGGCGUUCAGGGUGUUCGCGGCAAGGGUCUGCCGCACGUGAUUUACUGCCGGCUCUGGCGCUGGCCGGACCUGCAGUCGCAUCACGAGCUGAGGGCGAUCGAGCACUGCGAGUACGCCUUCACCCAGAAGCGCGACGAGGUCUGCGUGAACCCUUACCAUUAUCAACGAAUACAAACGCCAGUUUUGCCGGCCAUUCUCGUGCCGCGGCACAACCUAGCCAGCGACGAGAACACCGUCCUCUACAACACCUCCCUCGAGGAGCUCAGCGUCAGCGUGCCGGAGAACACGAGCUUCCACGCGACACUGAAUCACCAGCACAAUCAGCAGCAGGGCAUACCGCAGUCCCCGCAGCAGCAGCAGCAGCAGCAGCAACAGCAACAGCAGCAACCAAAUAAUCCGUACCAAGGAAUGCAGAGCAUGCAGGCGACGAGUCCAGCGAGCGUCGGGAGCCUGGGAAGCGUGCAGGGCUCGCCUCAUCCCGCUCCAGGAUCCAUGGAUCCGCCGGCAGAUACGCCGCCGCCGGGCUACAUCAGCGAGGACGGCGACAAUAUGGACCACAACGAUAACAUGUCCCUGUCACGCUUGUCGCCCAGCCCUGUAGACGCGCAGCCGGUUAUGUAUUGCGAGCCCGCAUUUUGGUGUUCAAUUAGUUAUUACGAGCUAAACACGAGAGUGGGCGAGACAUUUCACGCGUCGCAGCCGAGUAUAACCGUGGACGGUUUCACCGAUCCGAGCAAUUCGGAGCGCUUUUGCCUCGGCUUGCUGUCCAAUGUGAAUCGCAACACGGUGGUCGAGCAGACCAGGCGACACAUCGGCAAGGGUGUCAGGCUAUACUAUAUCGGCGGUGAGGUGUUCGCCGAGUGUCUAUCCGACUCGAGUAUCUUCGUGCAAAGUCCGAACUGCAAUCAACGUUACGGCUGGCAUCCGGCCACCGUCUGCAAAAUACCCCCAGGAUGCAAUCUGAAGAUCUUCAACAAUCAGGAAUUCGCAGCGUUGCUGUCGCAGUCGGUGUCGCAGGGCUUUGAAGCGGUGUACCAGCUGACGCGUAUGUGCACGAUCCGGAUGAGCUUCGUAAAGGGCUGGGGCGCGGAAUAUCGCCGGCAGACGGUCACCUCGACUCCCUGCUGGAUCGAACUGCAUUUAAACGGGCCGCUGCAGUGGCUCGACAGAGUACUCACGCAGAUGGGCUCGCCUCGUCUACCCUGUUCCUCGAUGUCCUAAGUCUUUGCAUCCUCCAUCUGUUCGUUCGUGAGAGAAGAACACGUGAGAAUACUCUUCGUAUGCUAUCGUCGUCGUCGUCGUCGUCGUCGUCGUCGUCGUCGUCGUCGUCGUCGUCGUCGUCGUCGUCGUCGUCGUCAUCAAUCCGUUCGUUUCUUCACGUAUGGUAUGUGAAAAUUGAAUCCAUUGUUCAGAUUUCUCUCGAACGAACGCUGCACAGUGACGCAUGUAAGAAGAAGGAGACGAUUUUUGCGCUCGAAGAUGCAGUCAACAGUUGGAAGAACGACAAAGGCUCAGGCACAACGAUACCAAGUUUCUUUCGCGGCAGUGGCUUUCUCGAGCUUCGCCACGCGAUCGACCACGAAGUGCGACGUGUGAAAUACGAAGAGAUGCAAAAUUAAAAUGACAACUCGCUCACGCGACAGUAUAAAUAUCAUAGUAAAUAUAUUAAAGCUUGAUGUCCUACCACACACACGGUUCGUUGUGAUCGAAGAGAGGAAGGUACGGUGGCGCACAAGAACGCGAAACGCGGAGCUCCGCCUCGACGCACUUAUAUCGCGCGCGCAUGUGCACCGCAAUUGGCGUACAAGAUAUAUCCAGGGUGAUCAUAAUCCGAGUUUAGUCGAUUCGUAAUAAGAAACAAAAAAAAAAGAUAAAAUGAGAGAGAGUGAUAUUUAUAUAUAUUAUAUAUAUAUAUGUAUAUAUGUACCGCGCUAACAGAGCUCAGUCUUUUACAUAUUUUUAUUGCUUAUUCAGGCAGACACAACUAUUACAGUAUACGCCAGAUCUUUACCAGAUAUAAUAUACAUUAUACAUAAUAUAUUAUGUAUGUGUGUGUGUUGACUUUACUAGCCCGCUGUAGUGGGAGGAGGUUCACUUGAAUAUUCUAUAUCCAUACGACACGCAGAAUACACAUACAUCACGCACACACACGCGUAUAUAUACAUACAUGUAUAUAUGUCAUGUUUUACGAUAUUUGUUAUGGAAGAUUACGAUAACAUAUAUCAGUGGAAAUGCCCAAAAUUGUUUGCAUAUAAGAUUUUCCAGUCGCAACACAAUAUUGUCUAUUUAAAAUCGAUAUAUAUAUAUAUAUACACACAUCAAGAAUACAUUGGUAUGUAUUUUCUAGUAAAUUAACAAUAUGCGCUAUACGACUCACUCGGACUAUGUACAUUUAAACGCGAUUGCUUACGAGAGUUUUAGCACAAUGAAUCUAUUCACCCUGUUGUUAUUUGUAUAUUUUCUUUAAUAACAAACAUAGACGUUUUUAAAAAAUGCAAGAUUUUAUGCAUGGAGAAAUCUUUUAAUAUAUAUAUAUAUAUAUAUAUAUAUAUAUAUAUAUAUAUACACACAUAUUAUUUAAUAUAUUUAAUUCGUAUGUUGUAUUUUUCUUUUUUUUUACUCUUUUAGAUCUCUUGGACCAAAUGAAUAAAUUUUGCCUUGUCUAACGGUAAAGGUAACAGUACAUGUUUCUAAAUUAUUAUUACGAGUACCCACAAGUGUGUCUUCUUAUCCUCUCCAAUUACACUUUACAUGCCACGAAGACUUAUCUUCGCAUUAGUUCUCGCGGCUUUGAAGUCUGCCCCCCCCCCCUUUUCUGCCCAUCUGUAUAUUUGCUUUAUACAUCUCUUCUGCUUACACGAUUAUCGCGAAAAAAUAGAAUUAUCCAUUGAAGCUAUCAUUGAGUCACUUUAAUCCCAUUUCCGUGGAUGCUUCUCUAAUUUUGAAUCUUCUUAUACAAUUUCUUCCUGCAUUCCGAUUAGCAGUUUACAGCCUUUCUCAAGUAACUCCCGAAUACAAAUGCGAAGCGCUCGCACCUUGAAAGGAAACCUAAAGUUUCUUGUGAUUUCAGUUCUUUGUAAUCUAUUGAACCGUACGCAAGUAUUGUCGUCGAACGUAAGACCGUGUUACAAUGUUGUGAAGGCCAUCAGGUGAUAGUUUGACAAGAAAAGUAAAAAAAACAAAAAGUAAAACACCGCCCGAGUGAGGAAUAGGAUUAAAGAGUAAAAAUUGUGUUUUCUUAGUUACCGAGAAUGUAAACAUUGCGUAGAAAAAAAAGUAAUAUUGCGUUUUUUUUCUUAAUGAGAAAAAAGUCGAUCUCCAAAAAAUGAUAUCGAGAUCCGUUCGUCGCCGCUUAAGUUUCGUUGAGAUGUGUAUGGGCGAUGUUGAUACGAGAAAUUCAAAGAUAUCCGUACUGGCAAGAACAGCAGCCAUUCUGGAAUUUGUUCUACAAUAAUCGAAUAAGAUCAAUGAAACCAACUAAUGACAAUUCAACGAGAACAAGAAACUUUUUCGCGAAGCAGGAUCUGUUGAGAAGAGUGAAGAAUCAUCGGUAGAAGAGGUUUCCUCGACGACCGAGCAAUUCGACGGUAUUUCAAGAUCAGACGUGGACUUAGCAAGAUCAGAAUUCGCGAGAGGAAUUUUCGAUAAAGUUGGACGGCGAAUCGGUUUCUCCUGACUAUCGAGAAAAUUGUGAGGACGCGCGUGAGAACGAUAUCUCGAUUUUCAAUUGAGGAAGCCUUGCAAAAUUGGGAGUUACGUGCCGACGAGUGAAUCAAAUGGCAGAACGCUUUGAAGAAAUAUGGAGUGCAGGAAAGCGAACAGCGUGGACGGCAAGAGAAGGAGGAUACAGAGGAUCGAGAUGUGCAUUAAAGAAAGCAGUGCAAGCAGCGAUCUCGACGACUAUCUAUCCGUUCGAUUACAGAGCUUCCUGCAAGCAGAAAUAGGUCUAUCGGGAGCUCGUGAUAGUGGACAAUGGAAUCGUGAAAAAGGACACCUUCGGAUUUUCGUCCAGCUGCUGCUAUCACAGGAAGUUCGUCAGAUGACCGAGUGAAGGAAGCGCGAAUCAAGGGCGACGAAUCGAUCUUCACGCUCAAUUACGCCUAAUGAUAUCCCAAAGUAAUACUAGCGAAAAUUUUUUUAUUUUCGACGUUCAGUCUGUCGAUAAUUUUAAAAUUUGAGGUGAUUAUUUCGAUUACGUUAGUUAUCCGAUUUGAGGGACAAUCUUGCACCGGAAUAUGUCCUAUGCACAUUUAUAGCGUCGUAAUCUUCGAUAAGAAAUGUAAAGCGCAUAAAUGAAUCCUUGAAUCGUCACGGGAUGACAAUGUCGUUCGAACGAGCAUUUCGAAAGAGAAAUGCAAUUUCUCGACACAGCCUUACUUCCGUUUCUCUUGCGUCAUUUUUUUACUACAAUGAUAUUUACUAUGCGAUAAUUAUUCCGAAUAAUCUCUAACUCUAAUCAUUUACUUUUCAAGGUCGACUGAGACAAUCGCGUGGCGUAAAUGGGACAGCGAUUUUUUAAAUAUUUAAAAUAACUCAUUUUAUAUUAUGUAUCAUCGUUCGUUCAACAAUUGCUGAAUCUACGAAAUAAGAUUUAGGUAUAAAUAAAUUGAUUAUUUACUUAUAAAUUAAAUUUUUUGGCAACUCGUUCCCAUUUAUUCAGAGAUCUCAGUCGGCCCGCUCGAAUCUUGUGUCUCUCGUUAUUUGUAUUAAAUUUUAGAGCCCGAGACUUGCGAAUGUCACUUUGCACGUAAGAGAAUGGACUUCUCGGCAUUUCUGAGUCGGCGAAACGCGACAAGGCUUCUGCGUUACCGUAGCGAAGAGUCAUUAGUGGCUUUGUCUGCGAGUUUCGCCGUUCUCCGAAAUAAUACUGAGCACAAUGUGUACGGUGUGUUGAUAAUCCUUGUUGGCACCGUUGGAUCAAGACUACGACGACGCGCGAAACUUGCUUGUUGUCGGCCGUUGAGUAACGAAUUUUCAAUGAGUGGAAGGGGCGAGAUGGAAUGCGUUAAACAGUAAAUUGCGUUCACGUUACCUAUCAGCGCCGGGGCUGGACGGAGCAUCGUGGAAGAAAUACCGUGUAACUCGAAUGCAAAUAAAUCGAAAUUCUGACAGGCGACUCUAAGUAACGCGAGUCACGCGAGACCGCUUUCCUCUCUUUUUUUUUUUUUUCUUUUGAAUGCAGGGAUGAAGACGAAUGAAGACUUUCCGCGGUACUCGGCUGCGUACACUCGAAACACCGUCCAGUCCUGUCGCGCUGAAUUUAUACAUACAGGAUCUGACUUGUAGUGAGAUAGAAGAGAAUUGAUAGGAGAAAUACAGGAACAUACAGCGUGUGAAUGAAAGGGAGAGAAAGGAAUGAGAAAGCGAUUAAUCCAGAUUGUAUCGCCACUUCGUAGCUUAAUUCCUUAGAUAAGCGUGCCGGGCUGUCGCGGGAGCGUCUCCAUCGCGAAAAUCGCGUCUCGUCAAGCCGACAGAUGCGGAAAUAGGAAGUAGACGGGCACCGCUCAACGUGGCACGAUUAUAUUAAAACGGAGAGUUCAGGGUUUAUUUUCUUACGGCACACAAGCGUUUCUGUCGCGCGUGAUCGACUUGCACCGCUCAUAAAUAUUCGUCUACCCGCCGCCACAACUUGCACAAUCUUUUUCGCACAUUCCAGACAAGCUCCUCCGUUGUCCGAAAAGCCGAAUAAUUUUGCAGAAUACGACUAGCUGUAUUUAAAUGCGUUAGGUCUGGUUAAUCCUGGAAUGGAAAGAUGUACGUAAACAUUACGUACAUUACUAUUUUAGGUUUAACAAACCUUUUUUCUUUUGUUAAGGAAAGUUCUCUCGCGAUUGAUCGCAGAUAAAAUUACCAUCUUUUGUGACAUUAAUAAUGAUAUAAUGAGUUCUUGAGAAUAUAUCAUUAAAAUAAAAGAUAUAUACGUUUGCAGAAAAAGUUAGUAUGAAAGUAUUAAGCAUAUGAACCAAUUGUUUUAUCGGAAUAUAGUUGGAAUUUUCGGACAAAUUGAUUGACGUUUAUCCACGUUGGCCGUGUAUCAAAAAUGUUUCACUGGUUUUUUUAUAUCUUUUACAUAAUAUUUUCUUUGAAAACACGGAGACGGACGUAACGAGUAUUUAUGAGCAGUGUAUUUUUUGGACGGGAAGCCGAUGGCAAGCGCGCGAGCCCGCGAAAGCCCGGUAUAUCUCAAUCGUUGGGCAGCUCGAAUCACAUCGAUCGCCCGAUUGCCUGUAUCGAACGUUGUUUUCCUUCUCAUGAACCCACAAGACACAUAACAUACACGUACGUAUGUACGCGCGCAUAUAUGCUCCUUUCUCGAUUCACUCGACAACGUCGUUGAACGGGGAAGCCUGGCCGGUACGACCUCGUGACACGCGAAGGAACACCGUGGAAUCGACGUCACACAUUCGUGAACUGUCAAAACCGACUUUUGACAGACACUUACCUCCCUGCACAGACUGCCAUUAGAGUAUCGUUAAGAUAAUUAACACAGGUAAUAGGGGAACCGAGCUUGCUUAUCCCUCCCCGCGACCGCUGCUCCAUUUCAUUGAGAUAUAUUCGACGGAUUACUGAGAUUCUCGCGUCAAAGCGGCCCCCUCUCGCAUAUCAUUCGAUAUAUUGUGGCAUUGUAAAUCACGCGAUCCGUAGCGUUGCAUCGGUGCACGGGAUGCACGGGACAGCGAAGUUACCCGGAUACCUUUCGUUCAGGAACGUGUCGCGUCGCCGUCGCAUAAAGGGGAAAGAAAAUAAGACAACAUAGUCAAAACUGUUAUUGCAAUGUAUUAAUAUUUAAUUAGAAAAUAAGUUGAAAUAAGGGAAAUCUGUUAGAAGCGAUACUAAAGUGUUGUAUUAAAAUAAAAAUUAGGUUGAAUUU